AAGUGGAGCACUCGGAUUCACACGGACUUUAACGAGUUCAACAACUGCGAGCUGCUGUGUUUCUCAUCGCCGCUUUACGGGUUUAUUUUGUUUUAAGUCGAUCAGCUUACUUCGAGCGUCGUUUUUUAAUGUACAAAACAAAAACACAACUCGAAACUUAUCGUAGGAAACUAAAGUAAACCUGUGUGGCGACAUAGGACACUAUGUUUGCGGUGCGGAUCUGUUCGGCGUGCGGUCAACUUUAGUUUCUUGGGAAGUUCCAAGUCUGGCGCUUGUGUUUGAUUUUUUAACCCUAACUGGUUUUCAUUGCUGGGAGUCUGUGCACAUCAGAAGACCGUCAAAAGUUGCUCUUGACUGAAGCGUGAUUAGAUUUCCUGAAGUUUCUGUGUUCUGUGUUGGCUGCAGCUGUCUCUUCACCGCGCAGGAGCCUAGCUAAACACACACACACACACACACGCGCGCGCGCAACACGACAUGGAUUACAGCCAGCAAGGGCAGCUCGCUUACAGAAAUGUAUGCUGGAGUUAAAGUUUUUUCCCCCUGCAAAAAAAGACUUUUUUGAGCAGCAUAAUCGUAAGCCUGGACCGACUCGAUGGCACCGAGUCGUAAAACAAGCCGAUUGGAAAACAAAGGAAGGAUCUCGGAGCGCUUCUCUGAACUGAUUCAUGUGGAGCACACAAAGCCAUGGCGCAUCCAAAUGUAAAUGUGGAUACCAAGCUUUCAGCAUGACCCACAACGUCGAGCGUAUUUUCCCAUGUAUAUUUUUAAUUGUGUUGCCCUGGAUGUGCGUUUCUUGAAGAGGCAAGGAGCUCUUUCAUGUGCGCGCGCGCGCGUGUGUGUAUAUAUUAUAUACAUAUAAACAAACAAACUCAUUGUUGAACAAACAACCCAGCAUUUCGAUGCUACAUUAACUUCACUCAAUUGCCCAUCUCGUGCAUUUCGACAGAAAAAGCAGGAAAUGUCUCCCAGCGGCUGGUGUGGGAUUUUCUUGGCUUUUGUGCUGCUCAGGACCGUAUACUGUGCAGUCUCUCCUGAAUGUAAAACCUAUGAAGAACGGUCGAAAACCAGCGGUCGGUCAGGGUCAGCGGACAAGAAGGUGGUGUGUAGCAAUAUGGAGCUCCAGCAGGUGCUACCUGUCACCUCUUUCCCCAACAGAACAGUCACACUGAUCUUAAGCACCAAUAAAAUCCAAGAACUCCUAAACGGCUCCUUCCUUGGUCUGUCCGUGCUUGAAAGACUGGACAUAAAGAAUAACAUCAUCAACCGCAUCGAGCCAGGAGCUUUCCUCGGACUUACUGCUCUUAAAAGGCUAGAUUUGUCCAAUAAUCGCAUUGGCUGCCUCAAUCUGGAUAUAUUCAAAGGCCUCACAAAUCUCGCUAAACUCAACCUUUCAGGGAACAUGUUUUCAUCUCUUUCUCAAGGGACCUUCGACAGCCUCGUCUCUCUGAAAACACUGGAGUUUCAGAGCCCUUAUCUCCUAUGUGACUGUAACCUGCAAUGGCUGGUGCGCUGGAUUAAAGAGAAGGGUAUAGCAGUGAAGGACACACGGUGCUCCUAUCCUCGCAAUCUACAGGGCCAGCUCAUAACCUCCCUCAAGCCUGAAAUGCUCACCUGUGAUGCACCUUUGGAGCUCCCCUCUUUCCAAAUGACACCUUCCCAGCAUCAAAUAGUUUUCCAAGGGGACAGCCUGCCUUUCCAGUGCAUGGCCUCCUUCGUGGAUGAGGACAUGCAGGUACUCUGGUAUCAGGAUGGCAAGAUGGUGGAGUCCGAUGCCACGCAGGGAAUAUACAUAGAAAAGCACAUGGUGCAGAACUGCUCCCUUAUAGCCAGUGCUCUGACUAUCUCAAACAUCCAGCCAGGCUUCACGGGAGACUGGGAAUGUCGGGUGCGCACCAGCCGAGGCAACAACACUCGCACGGUGCACAUUGUUGUUUUAGAGAGCUCUGCCAAAUACUGUGUACCUGAAAGGGUGUCCAACAAUAAAGGAGAUUACAGAUGGCCUCGCACACUUGCAGGCAUCAUGGCGUACCUUCCCUGCGCACGACAAGUAACAGGCACAGGCAUCUACUCAGGCAGCUCAGCUGAAGACCGGCGUGCCAGGAGACGGUGUGACCGCAGUGGGCACUGGGCUGAAGAGGAUUAUUCUCGCUGCGAGUACAUGAAGGACACAACCCGCGUACUUCACAUCAUCAACCAGAUGGCCCUGAACCUGACAAAUGCAGUGCACACAGCACAGCAGCUUCUGGCUUACACAGUAGAAGCUCCUAACUUCUCGGACAAGGUGGACGUGAUCUUUGUGGCUGAGAUGAUUGAGAAGAUUGGGACGUUCGCUGAAAAAUAUAAAGAGUUAGGGGAUGUGAUGGUGGAUAUCUCUAGUAAUCUGAUGCAGACUGAUGAGCGAGUGUUAUGGAUGGCACAGAAGGAGGCGCGAGCUUGUUCACGCAUCGUUGAGAGUCUACAAAGGAUCGCAGUUCUCCGGCUGGCCAGCGGAUCAUACUACACUAACUCCCACAACAUUGCAGUGGAGGCGCAUGUGAUUAAAGCCAGCAGUUUUAACGGCAUGACCUGCACGCUGUUCCAGAAGGUGGCACCAGAGCGCACUUUGAUUCCCCACCUGGGAAAUUUAAACCCUGACAUUAACCUCGACCGGCAGCUUAGCUUCAAAUGUAAUGUGACCAGCAAUCUCUCUGCCCUGGCUCUAAAGAACACUAUAGUGGAGGCAUCAGUGCAGCUACCUCCAUCUCUCUUUUCCUCUUUGCUGAGCUCCGGUCAAGCUGAUGAUGGCAGUUAUAAGCUGCAGUUGCUGGCUUUCCGCAACGGCAAGCUUUUCCCCCCUACAGGCAACUCAACCAAGAGGAGAAGCGUUGUCACUCCUGUCAUCCUCACCAAGAUAGAGGGACUCUCUCUGCAGUCUCUGCGCAGUCGAGUGAAUGUGACCCUGCGGCGCUUUGUGCAUGGUUUGGACCCUGUGGCUGCACGCUGGGAUUUCACUGCUCAGGAGGGUCAGGGCAGCUGGCAGUCAGAGGGCUGCACCAUCCUACAGCAUGACGGCAACUUCACUACACUCUCGUGUGACUCACUUAGUAACUACGCCCUUCUGAUGGAUCUGACAAGGACGGAGCCCACAAUGCACAGCUUCAAGCCUCUUCACCCAGUCAUUUACAUCUCAGCCAUCAUGCUUAGUCUCUGUCUGCUGGCCAUCAUCUUCAGCUACAUUUAUCAUCACAAAUCUGUGUGUAUUAGUAAGAAGUGCUGGCACAUGCUGAUUAAUGUGUGCCUGCAUAUGCUCCUUACCUGUGCUGCAUUCGCUGGGGGCAUCAACCAGACUUCCUACGCCAGUGUGUGCCAAGCGGUGGGUAUAGUGCUGCAUUACUCUACACUGGCUACAGCCUUGUGGUCAGGCGUCACAGCUCGGAACAUCUACAAGCAGGUCACACGCAAGACCAAGCAUUACGAGGAGCUUGACGAACCUCCUCCUCCACCCAGACCCAUGCUGAGAUUCUACUUAAUAGGUGGAGGCAUUCCCAUCAUCGUUUGUGGCAUAACUGCAGCUGCUAACAUCAAAAACUAUGGAAGUCGGCCUGGUGCACCUUACUGCUGGAUGGCAUGGGAGCCUAGUUUGGGCGCAUUCUAUGGUCCAGUGGCCUUCAUCAUCUUUGUGGACUGCAUGUACUUCCUGAGUAUUCUUCUUCAGCUACGGCGUCACCCAGAACGACGCUUUGAGCUUAAGGAACAGCCAGAGGAGCAGCAAAGGCUCUCUGUGACUGAGAUUGCAGGCAGUACCUCUGCCCAUGCUGAAACAUCUGGACCAAUAUCAUUGUCAGCACUUGAGAAUGAGCACACAUUCUUAGCGCAGCUGGUUGGCGUGGCCGGAGCUUUGGCGCUGUACACACUGCUGUGGCUGUUUGGUGCGCUUGCUGUAUCUCAGGAGCAUCCACUGGAUCUGGCCUUCUCCUGCCUCUUUGGCGUGGCUGCUUUGGCCCUGGGAGCCUUCAUUGUUGGCCAUCACUGUGUUACACGCCAAGACAUGCGCCGCCACUGGGCACAGGCCUGCUGCCUUGGACAUCAGAGGUAUACCAUGCAGGUUGAUGCCCUCCUGGCACCGAUGACGGGGGCCUCUGGGGAUGGGUCAACCAAUACAGGAAAUGGUGAGGUAGCACGUUGCCAUACUACUGGAACCGAGUCAUCUUGUACCAAUAAGAGUGCACAAACUGUGCGCAACUCCACCCAAGGCUGCAAGCUGACCAAUCUGCAAGUAGAAGCAGCUCAGUGCAAAGCAGUUCCUGCACCGACCAAUGGCACUGCUAUAUUAGACAACAGUUUAACCGAGCACUCAUUGGAUAAUGAGAUCAAGAUGCAUGUUGCUCCUGUCGAAGUCCAGUAUCGUCCCAAUGUUACCAGCAAUGGCCACCCUGCAAUGGGGAGUGCCAAUGGCAACAUCAACGGACCCCCUGGGAGGCACCACAAGAACCGAGCACGGGCACAUCGUGCGAGCCGACUCACUGUUCUGCGGGAGUACGCCUACGACGUGCCCACCAGUGUGGAGGGCAGUGAGCAUAGUGCCCCCCAGAGACGCCACCACCACGAAAGCUUACAUGCCCGCAACAGCCGCCGUGCUGCGUACCUGGCAUACCGUGAACGCCAGCAGAGCCAACUCCAGCAGGACAGCAGCGAUGCUAGUGCCAGCCUGCCACGUCGCACACGCCAGUUCGACAGGGGUGCCAGCAAAGGCACAGGCACCGCUGUUGCCAAUGGCCUCGGGAACAGACGUCUCCGGAACAGUCUGGGAAGCGGCCUUGGUAGUGGGACAAUUAACAGCCAAAGCAACGGGGUUAGUAAUGGAUGUGUAGUAGGGGAGGAAGCUGAGACUGAAGUGUCAGGCUCAGUCAAAGACUGCCCAAAGCAGCCCCUCCCCGUUGAACUGGAAGUUCAGCCAAAGUCAUAUGGGCUGAACUUGGCAUCAGAGAACAGACUUGCUAAAAGCUCAGAGAGGCAACAGAACCUGUCACCUCUUAAUACAGACAGCUCAGCCACCAUUAAGACUGGUUUGUGGAAACAUGAAACUACAGUGUAGAAGAAUUUCCAACCUCAGUGACUGCUAUUUACACUUUUCUGUCUAACUGUGAACCUUUUUUUUUUUUUUUUUUAAAUUUUCGACAGUAUAUUUUAAGUGUUUUGAAGAAAAUGGAAUUUAUAAAUUAGUUGUUUUGAAGAAGUCACCUGUUAGUAUACCACUUGCUAAUUGUUAUAGACGAUCUAUAAAUGAUCUAUUUUUAUAUCAAUUAUUUCUUUUUCACAUGUGCGCAUGAUUUUGUAUGCUAAGGUGCACAAAAUGUGGGCAUGUAUAGGGUUGGUUCUUUUGUUCAAACCUUUUCUGGUAUAAUUAAGCAGUUGCAAAAUGCAUUUGUGAAAUUAAAAAAAAAAGGCUAA